AUGACAUUCGAUGACAUUACAAUAGCUACAUAUCAAAAUUUAUUUGGAAAUGAAGCUAAUAAAAUUAUCCAAGAAUUACAACCUCGAAAACUUAAUGAUCAGUUGAAAAAAUAUGAAUUGAAACUUAAACAUUAUGAAGAUUUGUAUCAAAAUGAAAUCAAUAUGUUUGAGUCUAAACUUAUACAAACAAGUUUAAAUCAUCAACAUACUCAAGUAGGUAUUUCAAUGACCUUAUUGAAAUACUAUUUGAGUCAUCACACCAAUCAAUUAAUACGUCAAAUUCGUUAUAGAGAAGCGUGUGUCCAUGUAAAAUUAGUACGUCAGCAUCACCGUCAUUUAUUAUCGAAACAGCAAAUAGUCGAUGUUUAUCCACACAUCAUUGCUGAUGUUCCUACAAUAGCAUUGAAUAGGCUUCAAUUAGAUUAUCUCUCCAAAAGUAAAGCAUGUACAAAAAAUGGGUAUCUCAAACCUAAAACUUAUUUAUGCACGUUUGAUAUUACAGAUUUAUAUACGAUGUUACCACAAGAAGAAUCACUUGAUAUUCUAAUUGAAUUUCUCCUUCAACAUGACUAUCAAAAAGUUCAAAAUAUUCCAAUUGAUAUUAUUCGAAAGUUAGCUCUUAUCGUCAUUAAAGAAAACGUUUUUGUUUAUGAGAGAAAGUUCUAUCGGCAAGUCAUUGGUGGUGCGAUGAGCUCAGCAUUUACUUUGACACUAGCUAAUACUUAG